AUGAAUGCGUGGACUCGCCGUCUCUCUUGCGCGCGCCUAGCGGACCGACCGCACUACAAUUCUCUUUCUUAUAGCUGGGGGACGGACAAGGUUGAGGUUGACAUCACCAUCAACGACAACGAAUUCCGAGUACAAAGGAACCUGCACACCAUCCUGCAGCGAUUGCGUCAGCCUGAAGGGAGCUCGCCAAUGGUCAUCUGGAUCGAUGCCAUCUGCAUUAAUCAACACCAUGAUCCCGCCGCCAUCGCCGAGCGGUCUGCGCAGGUGCAGAUGAUGGCAACGAUAUACUCGCUCUUCCGCCUUCUCGGCCGCGGAGACGAUGCAAAGGCGCUCGAGGAAUAUGCAGCCGACUUCACCAAGAACCCAGAGGAUCUCGACUACGCAUUCAAUCUCGCCUGCUUCUUCUACCUACUCAAAGACGCGGGGAAAAAGGUAAAUCUCGCCAAGUACGCACUUCCGCCAUUCUGGGGUGUGGACGACAGCAAAGCUCUCGCCCGAUACGGCAUCCCUGCCACGUCGGAGGAAUUCAGGAAAGUCUAUGCCCACCUUUUCUACUCGCAUGCUCUGCUACGCGACGUGAUCGUCGCACAGAUGGCGCCUAGCUGGAGGGAUUUCGUGUGGCUCAUCAUGUCAAUGCAGACCAAAGCUCUCGCUGAGAGGCGCAAGCGCACUCUUUUUGACGAGUGCGUAGAGUUCCGCGACUCGGAGGCGACGGUGCCGCUCGAUAAGGUGUUCGCCAUCAUAUCCUUCAUGGCGUUUCUGGGCAUGCAGCUCCCAAUGGAGAUUGACUAUGGACAGGAUACGAGGGACGUGUUCAUUCAGGUCUCGGCAGAUCAUGUCCUGACCUCCAGCGGGGGAAGCGGUUUCGAGCCUCUUGCACCGCUUCGGUUCAGCCGUGAAAAGAACAAGUACCCUAAUCUUCCCUCGUGGGUCGUCGACUGGACAAGUUACCCUCGUCUUGACAACCACAGGACCCGGGGCCUCAAGACUCUGCCACCGGGCGAUGCUCCGUGGCUCCAGAUUGAUGCUGCAGCGGGCGGGUCGACUCUACGGGAGGGCGACGUCGACCCUCCCACGCGGCUUACUGUCCCGCGGGCUUUCAACGCCUCCAAGGGCAUGCGCGGCACCGCCCCGCCGUCAAUCUCGGGUACUAGACUCGGCGUGUCAGGCAUUCAAAUCGACACUGUCGAGGGCGUGAUCGACUUCGCUGACGGACCCGGUGUCUGGACCUUUGUGACUGAGUGGCUGGACUGCCGCCCCUUCACGAAGGACUAUCGGCUUGCCGUACUCAGAACCCUCUCCGCCAACAUGCUUCAGGAUAAGCCACUUGGGGGGCCUGAUUGGGAGAUGGUCACAGUGAGGCCCUGGUGGGUGAAGCUGUGUGCCAGAGCCGAAUUAGCGGGCGAGAAGCAAGUCGAAGCAACGGUUGGCAAAGCGAGCAGAUCGUUAUCGGAACUCGCGGGCCAUAUGUUGCCGUAUUGGGAGCGUGGUGCCGCAAAGAGCGAUGAUGAGGCCAAGGUGUUUGACUUGUUGCGGCUGUGGGUCGGAGAUGUCCUGCCCGGUGACACUAUAUACCUCCUGCAUCAAGGGGCGACGCCGUUUGUGCUGCGGCCGGGCACGGGGACCGCGUUUCGGGUUAUCAGUGAGUGCUACGUUGACGGAUGUAUGAACGGCGAGGCGGCGGACGUGGGGCCGCUUCCGGAGUACACGAUGAUUAAAUUAGCACAGCUCUACUCGUUGGAGCUGGAUUUUGAUAACGAGUGUACCCCGCUGCAGUUUCCGGCAUAA